CGCCGUGCGCCGGGAGCGGAGCCGAACAGGACGGGGCCGGACGGGGCCGCCAUGUGCGACGCGACGGGAGACGAUGGAGGGUGCGGGGCAGACGCGGCACCGGAACGGCGCCGCCGCCUCCCGGCAGACAGCCACCCGCGGCCCUGCAUGAAGUGUGGGCAGGGCACGGCCGCCCUCGUCAUCCGCCUCGGGGACGCCUUCUGCCGGUGCUGCUGGCGCUGUCGGGGGGGCCGGCCUCCAGCGCCAUGCUCCGGCAGGUCCAGGAGGGGCUCAGCCGGGAGACGGCCAAGAAGCUCCGCUUCAUCCCCAGCCUCAUCUACGUUGAUGGUAAGGAUUAGUCCCGCUGCCCGUUUGCUGCCUGUUCCCUGCCCCACUGCCCGCUCCCGGCGUAGUGUCCAUCUGUGCCGUGUCAGGGCUGGGGGCUGCCACCUGGGGUGUCCCCCUCACCCCGGGGGAUGGGGUGGGUGCCCCCUCUUCACCGUGACGGUGGCCCCGGCGCUGCCCCCCUGCCUUGCAGAGGGAGCGGUGCGCGGGCUUAGCACGGCACAGCGGGAGCAGAGCCUGGCCCGCAUGGAGACCCUGCUGCAGGCGACCGGCUUCCCCUAUCACCUGGCCCACCUGGAGCAGGCGCUGGAGCUGCCCGCAUCCAUAUUGCAGCCAGGGCCGGAGAAGUCCGGCAAGCCCAGCCCCUCCUACAAGGAGGCCGUGGAGGGCUUCAUCCAGCAGCAGCGGCAGGAGGGGGACGGGGAUGGUGGCACCUCAUUGCCUGACCUCGGCACCCAGGACGCGGUGGGUUCCCCGCCCACCCCCCGCCUGCCCAUCGCUGCCCGCACCCAGGAGCUGCUGCGGCUCUUUGAGGCCGUGGAGACGUCGACAGCAAGAGAGGAGCUGCUGCAGAUGCUGCGGACCCACCUCAUCCUGCAGACAGCCCGGACCAGGGGCUACACCAAGGUGAUGACGGGCGAGAGCUGCACCCGUGUGGCCAUCAAGCUUCUCACCAACCUAGCGCUGGGUCGCGGUGCCUUCCUCGCCGUCGAUACGGGCUUUGUGGACAACCGCCACGGUGACGUGAUGGUGGUGCGUCCCAUGCGGGAGUACAUGGCCAAGGAGAUCGCCUUCUACAACCACUUCUUCGGUGUCCCCACCGUCAUCGCGCCACCCCUCCCCACCAAGCGCCAGGAGAAGCCCAGCAUCCAUCGCCUGAUAGAGCGCUUCCUCCUGGGACUGCAGGAGGAUUUCCCCUCCACCAUCAGCACUGUCUACAGGACGGGCGAGAAGCUGAGCCCGGCUCCGGCCAAGGCGAGCAGCGAGUCCCAGCGCUGCCUGCUCUGCCUGUGCGCCCUGGACAUCGCCGGGGAGGAGGAGCUGGCCCUGGAGCCCACGCUGAUCACGGAGGAGACAGAGCCGGCGGGGGACGGGUGCUGCCAGGAUGCCACGGCAGCAGGGGCUGAGAGCAGAGCUGCCUUCAUCCCGCUGCUGUGCUACGGCUGCCGCCUCACCUUUAAGGAACUGGGCCCCCUCGCCACGCUGCCACCCUACGUGCGUGCCGAGGCCCAGCGCAGGAUCCGCAGGGCACAGAUGGAGCAGCAGAGCCAGGAGGUCCCGCUGGAGGAUGAGGAGCCCGGCAAGAGCUGAAGGGGCUGGGGACGGUAGGGGACACAGACCCCCAUCCCUCUGGGGCACCGCUGGGGCAGGGUGGCCCCCCCAGUCCCUGGAUGGUGGGGGACCAGAGCCUCUGAGGACCCCUGUCACCCAGGCAGCUGCUUUUGCACCCUGUUUUGGUUACAGCCAGGGGGCAGGGACAGCCCCCAGACCCCAUUCGGUGGGUGCCAGGGGUGCUGGUACCCCCCUGGGGGCAGCAGGGCCCUCGUACCACCCUGCGCCUCCCUCGCCCCAGCCCAGCACAGCAGCCGGGGAGGUCUCAGCUUUGUUUUUAUUAGAUAUCUGUAUAAAUAAACCAUUUGAAUUAAUAAAAAAAAAACCAAAACAACCAAAAA